ACAAGAUUACUGAAUCUCGAUAAUAGCAACAGGAUGCCGAGCGGAAAACUUCGAUGUACGAGCGACUAUCGCCGGCCAGAGACACAGAAUCCAGGAGACUUCUGGUGGAUCUCGAAACACAAGUGGAAUGAACUGAUGGCAGACUUGAGCGACUCGACAAAGUCUGCUACGGCGCAUACGAAGCGAUACAAAUACGAUCUGGCAGGCCGUCUCAUGGAGACCGGCGAAGGGGUCUCGCCGAUCAUUUCGUGUACGACGUGCUUGAAGAAAGGAGUCGUUUGCAAAGUUCGACGUGAUCCUGAGAGCAGGUUCAUGGCGUGCGCCUACUGUUCAUUCAAGAGUAUUAGGCAAUGCAAUGCGGCCAUGGGCGUGCCACAGGGGCCUCAGAUCAGUAGCCAGGCUGACACAUCUUGUUCUCUUGUUGAGGCUCUGGCAACAUCCGCAAACGGUGUGCAGACCACGAAUCCCGAACAUUCGGCAAAAGAUGAUGAUGAUGAUGGCGAUGAACUUUCCCUGGAAGACUUCACAUCACAGAUCAUGAACCGUGUCUACCAAGUCAUACGAUCAACCAACGAUGCACUGGUACCCAUACUGGUUGAUAGAAUCAGGGACGAGUUUCGGACUAAAAUUCAGUCUCAGAUCCAGGUGGGCAUUCUAGAGCAACUCAAGAGCCAGACCGACAGUGAUUCUCAGCUCGCUCGCAAUAAUCAGCUUCAGGAACUUCAACGUCGUCUAGAGACCAAGAUCGGGGAUCAGAUACAUGAUCAUAUCCGAGCGGUUGUUCAAGAAGAGAUAUGUGCGACAAAGCAGCAGCAGCAACAGCAGCAACAGCAGCAACAGCAGCUGCAGUGUGAUAUCCUUGCAACAUUGCAAGGCCUCAUCAGCAAGGCUGCAACUCAGAUCAAGGAGGAGGUUUUGUUAGACCUUCACGACGAACACCGCGAGAGGAGCAUCGCCUUGCCGUUAGACGUCGAGCCUGUUCGCGAGACCAAUCAACUUCGAGAAGAAGUAUUACGUCUCAAGGUACAGAUGGACGCGCUGUAUUCCCUCUUGGCUGCCGGACGCCAAUAGCUUGUGUCACUCGACCGUCGCAGGCUUAAGCAGUAGGAACAUGUCGUCGAAGGAUGAGGUGGACGAUGUCGACAGCGAUUCCGAAAUGCGGGAGAUAGGCCGGUCGUGUGUCUACACAGUGCAGAACCAUGUUGAAAUAUGUCAUGUCAGGAUUGUUUGAUACGAAAGAUGGCCAUCUGGACAGCACUUCGUUCAAAAG